CAAAACCAACAGAGGGAAAAAAAAAAUCCCGUUUCCAUCUCUUCACUUGACGAAGGCAUUAGCCACUUACCAGCUGCCUACCCGCGAAGCAGUAACCCGAGGAGAAAGCCCCAAGAUGGCCCCUAUCUUCGUUAAGAAUGUCUUAAUCAGUGAAAGUGUUGACCCCCGGUGCAAGAAGAUUCUGGAGGAAAAUGGCAUCCGAGUCACGGAAAAACAGAAUAUGAAAAAGGAAGAAUUAAUCGCGGAGAUUAAGGACUAUGAUGGUCUUGUGGUUAGAUCUGCAACAAAGGUAACAGCUGAUGUUAUCAAUGCUGCUAAUAAUCUCAAAAUCAUCGGGAGAGCCGGGACUGGUGUGGACAACGUGGAUGUUGAUGCUGCCACCACAAAGGGUAUUAUUGUCAUGAACACGCCAAGUGGUAACACGAUCAGUGCCGCUGAACUGACAUGUGCCCUGCUGAUGAGCCUCUCAAGAAAUGUGCCUCAAGCUGCAAUGUCGAUGAAGCAAGGCAACUGGGAUCGUAAAAAGUUCAUGGGUACAGAGCUGUAUGGCAAGGUACUCGGAAUAGUUGGACUGGGAAGAAUAGGAAAGGAAGUCGCUUCAAGAAUGCAGUCAUUUGGCAUGAGGACUAUCGGCUACGAUCCAAUCACUCCUCCCGAGGUAUCAGCCAGCUGGGGGGUGGAGCAGAUGUCUCUGGAGCAGCUUUGGCCCCAGUGUGACUACAUUACUGUCCACACUCCUCUAUUGCCCUCUACUGCCGGUUUGCUCAAUGAUGAGUCAUUUGCAAAAUGCAAGAAAGGAGUGAAGGUUGUGAACUGUGCGCGAGGGGGCAUCAUCGAUGAGGCUGCCCUCCUCAGAGCUUUGGAGUCUGGACAGUGUGGAGGAGCAGGGCUUGAUGUGUUUGUUGAGGAACCUCCAAAGGACCGCUCCUUGGUGGACCAUCCUAAUGUCAUCAGCUGUCCUCACCUGGGAGCCAGUACGAAGGAGGCUCAGGCUCGCUGUGGAGAGGACAUUGCUGUGCAGAUUGUGGACAUGGUGAAGGGCAAUAAGCUGAUUGGAGCAGUGAAUGCACCAGUUUUGGCGAGCACAUUUUCCCAGGAAUCCCACCAACUAAUCAAGCUUGGAGAAGCUGUUGGAGCUGUGCUGCAGUCUUGCACUACUACUAAGAAACCUUACAGCCAAGUUCAAAUCACUACCCAAGGUGACUGCAUGAAGUCGUCCACUGGUUACAUGACUUCAUCAGUGCUGGUCGGACUGCUGAAUCAUGAAUCUGGUUGUUGCUCCAACCUCAUCAAUGUACUGAGCCUUGCCAAGGAGUCUGGAAUCUCGGUAAACCAGUCCCACUGUGCGACUGACGGGGCAGCCAGUGGUGUGUGUAAGGUGGAGAUCGUGGCCGGUGGCUGCAGUUACAAAGCCAGUGGUUCGCUUCAAGGCGGCGCACCAGUCCUACUGGAGCUGAGCGACAGCGUGUUCAGACAGCCGGUCUGUCUCACCGGGAAUCUGCUGUUCUUCAAGGCCUCCCCAGACCCUCAGCUCCUAUCCUCAGUGGCUGGACUGCUGGCCACAGAGGGGGUGGAGAUCGAGUCUUUCAGUGCUCCUGCAGACCGCACUGGGGAUCUGUGGUACUGCGUGGGGGUGUCCUCUCUGCUGAGAGACCUCAGCGCCUUGAAGCCUUUGGUGAAGGAGGCAGCACAGCUCGCCAUUUAGACGACAGCAGCCGCCAAACGCUCAUCUGAAAAUCUAAACAUUCUCAAAGAGUGUCUGACAUAACUGAUCGGUCUUGGUCCUUAGCGUUUACAACUAACAACUUGUUUAGAAGUUGAACACUUGCAGUUUAAAACUUGCGUUUUGAUAACAUUCCAGUGUUUAGAUGCUUUACGUGCACUUUGUUGAAGUAAAACUGAAUGAAAUGUUUUCACUGUCCUGUGCUGUUCAGUUUGUUGUUUUAAAGACCUAAAAUAAAGUACACUUAACAAAAACACUAAAAACAA